AUGCGAAAUGUGAUCCGUAGGGCAAUCACACACUCCGAAGAUGCGAGUAAUCAUGUAAUAGAUCCGCGACACAAGAAUUCGAUAUCUGGCCGACAGUACAAUGAAAUUAAUGUCAAUCUCCGUAAGAAACAGCGCCGUCUCGUCCGCGACAAUCCCGGAGUCCUGAAAGCGUUGGCAAAGGCCAAGAAAAUGGCUAUUAAUGAGUGCCAAAACCAAUUCAAAGACAGGCGUUGGAAUUGCCCCACAACUGACUACACUAAAGGCAAAAGGUGCAGAGAGACGGCAUUUGUUUACGCAAUAACGAGUGCAGCGGUGACCCACGCUAUAGCCCGGGCUUGCAGUGAAGGUUUGAUCGAGACGUGUACCUGUGAUUACCGGAAUAACCGUCGCCCGAAUGGUUUGGACUGGGAAUGGGGCGGCUGUUCGGAUAACAUAGAGUUCGGCUAUAAGUUCGCCCGCGCUUUCGUAGACGCGGCUGAGAGGGGACGAGAUCUGAGGUUUAUAAUGAAUCUGCAUAACAACGAAGCCGGACGUUUGCUGGCACUACUGGUUAUGCCUACGCUCUGUCCUGUGCUGUCUGUCCGAUGGCUUAUCGACUGUGCAAUUAGCGAAACGAUGCAAUUAGUAGGACCCGAACCGUGCAAUUCAUUGCGCGUAUAA